AUGGCGGCGGAAUCCACCAGAAACCCAUCUUCGCCGUCAUCGCAAAGCCCAAUUACGAAUUUAGCCGAUGACCAUCUCUUCACCAUCUUACUCCUUCUCCCCGUAGAUUCAAUCCUCUCUUUCUCAAUGACCUGCAAGAGAUACAAGUCUCUAGCUUGUUCCGACAGUCUCUGGGAAGCUCUAUGCGAAAGAGAAUGGGGUUCACAAUCUGUAGAUGUGUUAAAGUCAUCGUCUUCUUCUUCUUCCUCUUCCUCACGAGAUGGGUUUUCGUGGAUGAUGAUGUUUCAGCGAGUUUAUAAGCUGGAUUCUGUUUGCUGUCGCAAAAUCUCAGACCCAGAUGAUGACGACGAAGAAUCUUCUUCGUUUCCGAUGCCUAGAGCUUCUCAUUCUCUCAACUUCGUUAAUGAUCAUCUCGUUCUGUUUGGUGGUGGUUGUCAAGGAGGACGCCAUCUUGAUGAUACAUGGACAGCUUAUGUUGACAAGAGCAAUCAAAGCAUGAUGAAAUGGAAAAAAGUGGAAUCAGGAACUCCAAGUGGGAGAUUUGGUCACACCUGCGUUGUUAUCAGCGAGUCUCUACUGCUUUUCGGUGGAAUCAACGACCGUGGAGAGCGGUUAAACGAUACAUGGAUCGGUCAAGUCUCAUACCACGAGAGUCUCUUUUGGAAGCUACUGGACGUUGGACCGUUGCAGCGGCCUCGUCCUCCUCCUCGUGGUGCUCAUUCGGCUUGCUUUAUCGCCGAGAAGAAGAUGGUUGUACAUGGAGGAAUAGGGCUUAACGGAGUCAGGCUUGGAGAUACAUGGAUUCUUGAGCUUUCUGAAGAUUUCACCACCGGGACAUGGCACAUGGUGGAGUCUCAUCAGUCACCUCCCCCGAGAUCAGGACAUACUUUGACCUGCAUUAGAGAGAACCAAGUGGUUCUGUUUGGAGGGAGAGGGUUAGGAUAUGAUGUGCUUGAUGAUGUUUGGAUCUUGGAUAUUCAAGAACAGUGUGAAGAGAGAUGGGUGCAGAUCUUCUACGACUUCAGGGAGGUUCCUGAGUAUGCAUCGUUGCCUCGGGUUGGUCACUCGGCGGUUCUUGUAUUGGGAGGACGGAUCUUGAUCUAUGGAGGUGAAGACUCUUAUAGGCAUAGGAAAGAUGAUUUCUGGGCGUUGGAUGUGAAAACCAUUCCUUCUUCUGGUUUGAAGCCUCAGGGAGUUAGCUUAAACGGAUCAUCCGUGUGGAAGAAGCUGGAACGAGUCUCGUAUGGACCGAAAAGCCGGUCUUUUCACCGAGCCUGCGCUGAUAGCUCAGGGAGGUUUGUGUAUGUGUUUGGCGGAAUGGUUGAUGGUCUUCUUCAGGCUGCAGCUUCGUCUGGUCUAAGGUUUGAUGGAGAGCUUUUCAUGGUGGAGCUUGUUCUUGGCUUCUCUGAUCUAGACAGCCAACAAAGACCUGUAAAAAGCAUGUAA